AUGGUGGAUAACUCAAGACGAGACCGAUCCCAAGCGCGGAUCCGGAAGACAUCCGAGAUUUGUGCCCAGUGCCGCAACCGCAAGGUCCGGUGCGAUGGAGACCUUCGAGGAUGCUGCAACUGCAAAAGACUUCGGUUCGAGUGCUCUCUGGUCGCCUCGCCCACCGACAAGGACGAUCUACCAGAGCUACUCGAAAGACGGCGGGUUUGGAGAGCGUGCAUACGUUGCCGAGAUCGCAAGUUGAAGUGUUCCGGAGGAUCUCCAGCAUGCUCUCGGUGCGUUCAGCGAGGCGUCGCAUGCCAAUAUCCCAGCUCUGCGACGCCGAUUAACACCAGUGCACAAGGUGUUCUUCAACCUGCCUCUUCCAAUUCACAUACUCCAACAUCGCAACAGGUGCAAAGCGAGGGAAGCCCACCGCUUGAAUCCACGCAAACUACAGCUAAUGCGCAAGCCGAGGCUUCGACAUUACAUGCUGUGAAGCAAUAUAUAGAGGCCUUUUUCGAAUUCAUCUACCCAAUUCCCUGUUAUGGAUUCCUUCACCGAGCGAGCCUCCUCCAAGCCUGGUCCAGGGGCCAUCUCAGCCCACUCGUCCUGCGUGCCAUCUGCGGCCUCACCACGCGCUUCAUCCACCAGAACGACCCAACGCACACAACUCUUGCACGUAAAUGGAUCCAAGAGGCCGAGUCUGAACUUCUUUCCCGCCUUUCUGAGCCAAGAGUGUCCGAUGUCGAGGCCUGGUUGCUUGUCACGCUUGACCAGUACCUCUCACGACAGUUCAGCAAGAUGCUUGUCUCCAUGUCGUUGACCUCUCGGCUUGCUUAUAUCCUACGUCUCAACCACGAGAAUGACCGACCAUCAUUCCUUCUACAGGAAAGGCGAAGGCGGCUGAUGUGGUCCAUCUUCACGACAGACACUCUGUAUUCCAGUGGUAAGAAGGAAUUCACAUCUUGUACUACGGAAACCCUUCAUAUUCGGCUCCCCUGCAACGAAAAGUCUUUCUCUAUGGAUAUGCCUGUUGCAACAGGGUUGUUGACAAACGAGGUUGAUGCUUCCGGCGAGUCAAACAUUGGUCUGCUGGGCUACUGCCUCCACGUGCUAGACAUUCGCGACCGUUGUCAGAGCAAUCAUCGAAAACUCUCGGAAGCCUCCCUCACCGCCGUCCAGUCCAUCGAGAACGAACUUCAGCGCUUUGGCAAUUCCCUCCCUGAGCGCUACAAGUUCGAUGCCAAGGCCUUCUCUUUACGGGCCUUCUCUCCAUCGCGAACUCCGUUCCUAAUGCUACACGCUUGGUGGCAUCAGACGCACUGCGACCUCUUCCGCUUUGCGAUUCCCGGGUUCCGAGAAGGUCUCCCUGUAACCGAAAUCUCCCAGCUAUCGCCCGAAUUUUCGACUUCUUGCCGCGAAAAGUGCCUCUCUCACGCCUUGGCCGUAUCAAGAAUUCUCGAGACACCCAAGUUAGUCGGCGGGGCAGACCUGAUCAGUGACCCAUCCCUCGCCAUGUGCGCUUUUCACUCGGCAAGGAUCAUC